AAAGAAAGAGAGAGCCCCUUCGUUUAGUUUGGCCCUUUUUGCUUUUCUUUUCUGGAAACGUCUCUCAAUGGGAAGAUAGAUUUCGAUCGUGGAAAUUUCAGAUUCGGCGGCGGAUUCAAGAAGAAAACCCUCCUCCGUCUCUGUGAAUUUCGUUGCUCUUGACUGAUUGAAUGAGAAACCCUCCUCCGUCUCUGCUCUCCCUCACCGUCAACGCCGCCGUCUUAAACCUCUCUCGCAUCAACGAUCUCUCUCAUCUACCUGAUCACAUCAUCCUUGAUCUCUUCGCGAGGACAUUGAAAGCUGGGAAAUUGAACGAGAGAGUUCUGAGACUUUUUAUGGCAUCGGGAAACGAAGAAGUUCUUUCUAUUAUAGACGCCCUUAAAAUCAAACACGUAACACCCAUUCUUCCUACUCACUGUCACGAGAAAUUUAGAAUGAAUGGGACUAGACGCUAGUUGAAUGAUUGUGGCGAGAGUUUGUAAACUCGGUCCGGUGUGUUAAAAGGUUGGUUUUCUAAUUGCAUUUUUCGGAUAAUUUAGGCAGAGAAAUCAAUCUAGACAGCUGUAGAUACAUUGCCAGAUUGAAGUCUGUUCUUUUGUCUUCUUUUUGUGUGUAUAUAUAUUAAAGGAAAGGGAUCAAAUGAUAUGAUAUAAGCUUCUUUUUUUCCCCCUCAGAGGAACUGCUUAUGCAAUCAAUGAUGAAAGCUUUUUGUUUGCA